AUGGCCAUGCAAUUAUGUAACAGACGUGUCACACAAGUGACAACAAAUCUUGUUCGACAAAUUGCUAAGCCGAAAUCGAUAAAAGUUGAAGAUGAUCAUUUAUUACGCGGAAAUGCAGCUACACUUAGUAUUCGUCAUGCUCAUACUGAUGUUCAAGUACCGAAUUUUGAUUAUUACCGACGUAAAGCACGUCUUGAUCCAUCAAAAUCUUAUCGUGAUGCUGGCGAUGCAACUUCACCUUAUUCUUAUUUAACUCCAAUUGGUAUGGCCGUAACAUCAGCUUAUAUGGCAAAAUAUAUCAUUCGAGAUAUUGUUGCUUAUGUUGGUCCAGCUAGAGAUGUUAUGUCACUGGCUAAAGUCGAAAUAAGUCUUGAUGCUGUACCAGAAGGCAAAAAUGCUGUAUUUGAAUGGCGUAAUAAACCCAUCUUUGUUCGUCAUCGAACACCAGAAGAAAUUGCACGCGAAGAAGGUGUUAAUGUUAGUCAAUUACGUGAUCCACAAAAUGAUGCUGAUCGAGUGAAAAAAUCUGAAUGGUUAAUUGUUAUUGGUAUUUGCACUCAUCUUGGUUGUAUUCCAAUUGCGAAUGCCGGUGAUUUCGGUGGUUAUUAUUGUCCAUGUCAUGGUUCACAUUAUGAUGCAUCAGGACGUGUACGUAAAGGUCCUGCACCACUCAACCUUGAAGUUCCUCAAUAUGUGUUCAAAGAUGACAGUACCGUUGUCAUCGGUUAA